AAAUACUCAAAAAGAUAAGGAAAAUACACACACUAAGCAGUGCACAUGCAAAGCUCUGGCUAUGGGGAAAUGUAAGAAGCCCAAAAUUUCCUCCUUCAAAGAUCAACCGGAGGUGCCACAGAAUAGAAGACCAGUAGAGAUGUAUUAUAACAAAACGGAAGCCCUAAAAGAGAAGGAAGCAGCUGAGAAGAUGAUUUGCAGUCAUGAUUAUAUCAAUGCUAGGGAGAGAUUACUUCAUGCCCAAAAGCUUUUUCCAGGACUUGAUCAAAUCAAUUCAAUGCUUACUGUUUGCGAUGUUCUGUCAGCUUCUGAGAAUAAGAUCCCUGGUUAUGACAUCGAUUACUAUUGGAUUCUUCGACUUAUGCCCUCUUCAAGUUCUGAAGACAUCAAAUUUCGCUAUGACAAACUUAACAGUCAGUUGUUUCCUAUCAAGAACAAAUUCCCAGGAACUGAAUUGGCUAUUAAAUAUAUACAAGAUGCUUUUUUGGUUCUUUCUGAUGCUAAAAGGAGAUUGGAGUUUAAUUUCAAACGGGAAGCUAGUUGGGCUGGUCUUGAAUUAUGCGAUCAACAAGCUUCGUCGUCUAGGAACCAGUUAUCAGGUGGUAAACACGCGAAAAUAGCACUUCAGGAUGUUGUCAUUCCAUUAAAUUUAGAGCUAGUUCAUACUGGAGGAGUAGAAGAAGUUACAGUAAAGAAGAAUCUCCAACAGGAUUUCUACGAUUUCGAAAAUGACAGAAGAAUAGAGCUUUUUGCGACGGGUCAAAUAUGGGCAACUCGUUAUAAUAACAACCAAUAUGCUAAAAUCAGUAUGGUUUCGAAAUCUUCUAUCCAUGUUGCCUGGUUGAAACCAAUUCCUGUAACGAAUGACGAGCGAAGAUGGUGUGAUGCUGGUUUGCCCGUCGCCUGUGGAUCCUUCUGUCUGGAUCCCGAAACCACGGGUGAUAUAUGUGAUUCGAAAACUUUUUUGUGUAAAUGCUUGUGGGAACAAGGACCGACGGAAGAACAGUUUGAAAUAUACCCGAAAAAAGGUGAAAUAUGGGCUAUUUACGAAAGAUGGGACCUUAAUGAAUGGUCGUAUAACCCGGAAGCUAUAAAAAGUUGCAAGUUCAAAUUUGUCGAAAUCCUGUAUGAUUACUCGAGAUAUUUAGGUGUAGACGUUGCCUGUUUGUCUAAAGUAGACGGUUUUAUGAGCGUUUUCGAGAGAAUAUCCGAUGGUGAUAGUCACAUCUCCCCCAGUGAACAGUACUUGUUUUCGCACAAGAUCCCGGCUUUUAGAUUUAAAGGUGGAGAAAUUUGUGGAGUGGUUGAUGGCAUGAUCCAGCUUGAGCUUGAGAAUGCCGCUGAACCUGAAAGCGUUGUAGAACAGUUAACUAUCCCGGUUCCAAAUCUUAAUGGCCAAAGAUCGGCAGAUUCAAGAUCGUCGCAGAAAAGCCUUGUUAAAGGUGAGGUUUGGGCGAUUUAUCAAGGGAAAGAUUCAAUGCCUCGACGGUAUGUAAGAAUAAACACGAAUUCGAAUUCGGGUAAUCAAGUAGAUGUAACAUUUUUAGAACACGAAGCGAUUCUUGAUCACGAAAUGACCUGGAAUGAGGAAAGUGUUCCGAUCGCUUGUGGUAUGUAUUCGGCUAGUGGGAACAACAAAACCCUAAAAAUAUCGCGAUUCUCCCAUUUGGUAAGAUGUCAAUUCAGCACAAUAAAGUCUGUUUACAGGAUUUACCCGAUGAAAGGUGAAAUAUGGGGAAUGUAUAAGAAUUGGAAGCAAAAUUGGAAUCUUCAAGAUUAUAAAAACUGUCGAUACGAAAUAGUGGAGAUUCUUUCGUCAUUAUCUGAAGGAAGUGGAAUAAUGGUGGCAAAAUUGGCGGAGGUUAAAGGUUGUUUGACGUUUUUUCAAAGGGUGAAGAACAAUGGCUAUGAUCUCACCCGUGUAGUUACAAAGGCGGAGAUUCAUAGCUUUUCUCAUCGAAUUCCAUCGUUUAGGGUUCCUGGAAUCCAACUCUAUGGCAUUCCUGAAAGUUCUUACCAUUUGGAACCUAAUGCUUUGCCUCAUAAUAAGGAAGUAUUACUUACUUAAUAAUCAACAGUCUGAACUUUCAACGCAGGCUCUGCAGAUGGAAGAAAAUAACUGCCAUCUUCUUCCAAAUUAGAACAUCAUGGAUUAAUGGAACGAAGAUUCAUUGAAUCAUGUCCUUUCUGAACGUUUUAAGUUAAAAUUUGAUAUCGUACUAACUUUCUACAAUUUUUAUAACAUGUAGUGGUCGAAUUUUUUUUUUCAGAUUUUGAUAUAAUUCUUUAGGUUCAAUCCCGAGAAAUGCAAUUUUGAUAGGCUUUGUUCAUGUAAUUCAGUAUAUCAUCUUAACUUCUGAAAGAGAUUUUACCCAUUUCAACAAACUCAUUUGAUUAAAAAGAACAGAAACAUUCAGUCUCACUACAUUCUUACUGAACAAAC